GCGGCCGGCUCCUCGGCGCUUUCCCGCGCAAUUUCGCUCCUUCCCGGGGAGGAUACUCAAGCGGCACGGAGCGAAGCCAGGGUCACCGCAGUGGCAGCGCCCACAGCCGGCAGGUGCCAAGCGCGACCGGGAGUUUCUUGCCUCGACCCUGCGUGGAAGGGGAAGUUCGAAGAAGCAGGAUGGCCGCCGCCGCCGCCGCCCCCAAACCGGCCGAGCUGAUGGGCAUCUGCUCGAGCUACCAGGCGGUGAUGCCGCACUUCAUGUGCAUCACCGAAGAGUUCCCUCAGCCGAUCCGGCCCGCCAAGCUGGCCAAGGGCAAGCUGCGCAGACCCCGCCAGUCCCGCUUCAAGACGCAGCCGGUGACCUUCGACGAGAUCCAAGAGGUGGAGGAGGAGGGGGUCUCCCCCAUGGAGGAGGAGAAAGCCAAGAAGUCUUUCCUGCAGUCCCUCGAGUGCCUCCGCCGCAGCACCCAGAACCUCAGCUUGCAGAAGGAGAAGAAGCUGAGCAGUUGCAGUCGCCUGAGGAACAGCCUGGACUCCAGCGACUCCGACUCUGCCCUCUGAAGACGGACCUGCGCCUUGGCUGGGCUCGGGCGCGCCUCACCCGCCGGAGGGGAGAAGCGGGUGCGCUGUCUGGACUGUACCCGCCCCACCGCACCCCCGGCGCUGUGCUUCACAAUGAAGUUGGCGGAGGAACUCUGUGGAGGGCUAUCUUAAAGGGGGGGAAAAAGGAACGGUUUCUGAAAAGACUUGGUGACAAAUAACGUUUAUUCGGCUUUCCCUCCUCCAAUAAAUAGCCGUUGGGCGCUCCAGUCUAUUUUGUAUCAUAAAUCCAAAUCUUGCAGGGACUUGACAGGAUGGAAUUCCAUUCUCCCCCCAUUUAUUAUUUUCCUUCUUUUCUUUAUCGAUAAUAAGAUCCAGUAUGAAUGUGCUAGAUUCUGAGAGCAGUCUGCAAGUGAGGUCAAUAUUUUGUUUGGGGAAAAUGCUUGUAUGUUUCUAUCUUGGCUGUUUGGUUUUCUUUUUCUUUACAAAAUGAAGAAAAUGUUAAAAAUUGCACAUCUUUUUCUAAACAUUGAGGGGGGAAAUGAAGUUUUAUGAAUGCAAUCAGCUGCUGGACUUUAUAUUUAUUUUUGCAUUUAAACUCUAGACUGCAUUAAUUUAAUAUGUUUCUACCUGAAUGUCUGUAAUUAUUUCCACAAAAGAGAAAUAAAGCUGAUAUAUUUGC